AAGUUGCGAUGAGAACACCAUCCAACUCAAGCCGAAGUCGAUCAUAGCGCGGGAACUCGAAACUGCAUGCCUUGCGCCUACUUGCGCCAGCGCCUGGCCGCGCUUAGGAUGGCUUUCGGGAAGUUUAAUUAGUUUCAACUAGUUAUUAUGACACGGGAUAAACACACGACGAUCGGGUCAAGCAACAACAAAGGCAGGACAGCACCACCGUAGAGUUUUCACGCCAUGAAGUACACCAUUCCGGGACCAAAUGUGAAGUUGUUCGGCCGCGCCGUGCAGACGUUGACCAAGAUCGGCGACGAAGUGUAUGUGAUCGCCGACGACAGGACGCUGUCAUUGAAAGCGUUCAGCGCCUCUCGGAGCUCGUAUAUGUGCUUCAGCUUUGAACAGAGUUUCUUCGGCACCAGCGAAUUUAGGAGCGAGGGCUACCGGGGCAAACUGAGCGCGCGCUCAAGCCUACUGGCCUUCCGGUCCGUGCAGUCGCUCGACCGGACAGUAGAAGAAUGCGUAGUCGAGUUGACGGGCGAUCAGGCAUUGAUAGCUCUGCGCUAUCGGCGCGGUCUUACCAAGCGCUUCUGGCUGCCGCUGGUUGAGUACGAGGAACUGCAGUUCUCGUUCCGCGCCGACUCGUAUGCGAGAAGCGUGUGCGGCCAAGCCAAGCUGCUGUCCGACGUGCUGGGCAACUUUCCCAUCAACGUGCCUGAAGUGACGCUGAGGCUAUCACCUGAUCGGCUCGACGUCUUCACGCAUUUGGAGGGAGCCGACACGCAGCGUUCUGUUCGCACUAGCGUCAGCGUCCAAGCUGCUGAACUAGACGACUUGCAGUGUAGCGGUGACGUUACCGAACUGACAGUAUGCCUACGUGGUCUGCGUGCGGCGCUAGGAUAUUACGAAGGCCUAACGGUACGGCUGCAACUCGACGAGCCGGGCAUGCCUUUGGUGGGACGUCUGGACGGUGUGCCGGGUCUCGAGGCGAUUUACGUUGCUGCUACACUGGCCGGCGGUGGCCGGCCUUUGGCAAGUAGCGCUGCGCCGCCGUUGCACGAGCGUAGACCACCGCGACAAGGCACGGACACCAGCAAACGUCACCGGGCGUUCCUGCUGGGGUUGACACGGCCGCCGCUGGAUGAGUUCACGUCGCAGUUGCCGCGCGACGAGCAGGUGUUGGCUGAAGAAAGUGACGAGGAAGAAGAAGGCUAAAGCCUGCUCCGUCUGCGAGUGGCAGCAGGGGGUGUUCUCUCUGGUGCUACUCUUGAUUUGAAUGUACCGAAAACUUGCUGCUCCCACGUACACCACGAGUUGGUGGGAGUAAAAUAUUUGUUCCAUAUCUCUGAGAAGGGGACGUUCCCAUUGUACUAUGUGCCUGCAGUGUGGAGCAAGAUAAAUGCACUGUCUAUUAACGUAUGAAGUUCGUACGACAUAGUGUAAGCGCCUGAAGGAGCGAGAUACUAGCUGCGUUAUAAGUUCUGUGUGUAGAGAUAUAUAUUGCAGAAGCAAUGUUGCUAAUUUCGCUGUAGUGCUGCUUGUGUGGUAAGCAAGAAUGAUGGGAAUGCUGCACUGACUUCAAGCGAGCAGCACAGCCAGAAUCGCUACAGCCAGCAUACAUCAAUCUUUAGCUGAUCAGUAUUGACAUCAGCAAAACAUAGUUCUUAUGAUCAGGUUCAUUAAAUAAGCUCCAGGAGCUUUACAUUCAAAUAUGCACUUAGACUAGCCCCAGUUAAAAUAUUCACAACAAGCCUCCCUCGCAAACCUUUGGAUGCAACUCAGUUACUACAUAACACAUUUUGAGAACAGAUGUCUCGAGCACUCCAUUUCAUAUGUAGCGUACAAUGCUGUGAAAGCUACUCAUGAAGUUCAUUUAUCAAAAUAUAUCGCUUUUAGUAUUUCGUGGUCAAGGGGUUUAAGCAUGCAGCUCUGAAUCAAAAGGGUAUGACACCUUGCCCUGAAAUAUUUCAUUAAUUUUUUUAUUGCUAAUUCAAAAUUCGCCUCACAUGAACUUUGUGUGGCAUCUUCUGAAUGUCAUACCGAAUUUAUUAGAUUACAUGUUCAUAGUGAAAUAUGUAGCGCGCAUAAUAGACAAGGACACAUUGAAGGUGGACACACGAGCGCUUGUGCGUCCACCUGCGUCCUUGUCUAUUGUGCGCGCUACAUAUUUCACUAUGAAUGCGUCGCAUCAACUCGCCCAACUGUCACUUCUGCUGUAAAUUGCAUGUGAUGCCGCAAAACAGGUGCAGCUCUCGGCCUGUAUAUGCUUCGCUGCAUACUAACAGCCUAUGCUUGCACUUAUGAAAAAAAAAAAGCAAUGUAUAGCAAAGUGAUCUGAAGCAGCCCAUUACUGGCGUCGAACUUUUUUUUUUCAUUCGUUCACUACUGAGCCUAAUUAAACAACGAUUUCACAUAAUUGCUGGCAAAUGCAGCAAUGCAAAAUGUUUUGGCAGCAUCCACAGCAUGGCACACAAUGCAUGAAAUGGAGUAUAGUCUUGAUUUAUGCUAAAUAAACCGACUGAAAAGUGUCCAGCUUUAAUUCUGUAACUUCAACAUGUUUCCUAAGUUAAUUUUAAAAUUGAAUAAUGAAGCUUUGUCAGUUGAAAUUGCACUGUUUUUCAAGGGCAAUAUAUUUUUUACCCGGGGAGGAAUAAAGGUGGCAUGAUAGGAA